CUGUAAUUGGGUGUGAAGAAUCUGUAGCCAGUCAGUCUGUCACUCUCAGCAGAAGCAGCUGUUCUUCUUUGGCUGAACCGACUCAUCAGCAGUGACCAUGUUUCUGGCUAAAAAGCUGAUUGGAGGGAUCAUUGAUGUCGUCAGCAACAUCGAUCCCGGCCAGUUCGUGCCCUCCGAGCCUCCUCCUCCUCGCAGACCGCUGGCGUACGUCCAGGCUAACGAGAACGACGAGGAGCGGCAGUUCCGUAAAGUGUUUCAGCAGCUCGCUGGAGAUGACAUGGAAGUGAGUCCCGGCGAGCUGAUGAACAUCCUCAACAAAAUCAUCUCCAAACGCUGCGAUCUGAAGACCGAUGGCUUCACUGUCGAGUCGUGCAGGAGCAUGGUGGCCGUGAUGGACAGUGACAGCACAGGGAAACUGGGCUUUGAGGAGUUCAAAUACCUCUGGAACAACAUCAAGAAAUGGCAGGGUAUCUAUAAGAAGUUUGAUGCAGAUCAAUCUGGAAUGAUUGGAGCAAAAGAAUUAUCCAAUGCUUUCGAAGCUGCAGGCUUCCCCCUGAACGACCAGCUCAUCCAGCUGAUCAUCCGUAGAUACAGCGACGAGAGCGGCAACAUGGACUUCGACAACUACAUCGGCUGCCUGGUGCGCCUGGACGCCAUGUGCCGUGCCUUCAAGACGCUGGAUAAAGACGGCAACGGCACCAUUAAAGUCAACAUCAAGGAGUGGCUGCAGCUGACCAUGUACUCCUGAGCUUCUCGCCGUGACACCAGGCAGAUCAGCGCUGAUAAUCUAACGUCAUUUAUUUAGCCGCACACUACAGCGCUAACCCAAAACAACAUGCUCCACAUGAUUCACUCACUUUGUUACUGACGCUUUUUACAUUAGCUGGAUUGAUUUUAAUGAAUUAUUUUGGGCAGAAGUGUGGAUUUUAUAUAAAUAUAUACACACACGCAGUAUGUAGAGCGUGACUCUAGGACAUCAUUAACUUUGCAAGCGCAUGAAGCUAACAGUGCAGUGAAGCACUGCGGGACGAGACUGAACCAUUAAAUUUUAUAUGAAAUAAAAUCUAUGCAAAACUAAACAA